AUGUACAUGCAGCGCGCGCGCUCGCUCGCUCACUGUGGCGACAGGAAGCAUCCCUGAGGCUGCGACAGGAAGCAUCCCUGAGGCUGCGGCUUUACAACACAUUUACUGAGUCAUUUUCUCAUUAACUGACCUUUUAAAAUGUUUAUCUGACUGUUAAUUUUUGUCCGUUUUUAUUUACUACCCGCCUGCUGAUGUGUCACUCGGAGCUGGGAUGGACUUCGGUGUUUUUAUGGAAACAAACCGGCACGACUUAUUAGCAGAAAGCUAACUUUUUUUCCCCCGUUUAAAGCUCAUUAAAAAUGAGGGACCGUCUGGCUGAACUGAAAUCGGGGAGGCCCAGUGAUGAGGAAGAUGGCAGCGUCAUGGUUCCUGUGGAUCAAGGUGGCUUUAUGGAGGGCUUUUUCAGAAAGGUCGAGGAAGUUAGGAGUAUCCUUGAUAAGAUUUCCUCACAGGUGAAUGAGGUGAAAAAGAAGCACAGCAUGAUCCUCUCAGCUCCCAACCCUGAUGAAAGGACCAAAGAGGAGCUCGAACAGCUGACGGUGGAAAUCAAGAAAAAUGCCAAUCUGGUGCGGACCAAACUCAAAUCUAUGCAGCAGAGCUUGCCUCCUGAAGACCAAGCCAACCGUGCCUCAGUGGACGAGCGCAUCCAGAGAACGCAGUACACGGUCUUGUCUCGAAAGUUUGUGGAGGUCAUGACUGAGUACAACAGCACACAGGUUUCCUUCAGAGAUCGCAGCAAGAGCAGGAUCCAGAGACAGCUGGAGAUCACUGGAAAGAGAACCACCAAUGAGGAACUGGAGGACAUGCUGGAGAGCGGGAACCCCUCCAUUUUUACCUCAGAUAUCAUCUUGGACUCGCAGAUCACCCAGCAGGCACUGAACGAGAUCGAGUCACGGCACAAAGACAUCAUACGACUCGAGUCCAGCAUCAAAGAGCUCCACGACAUGUUUGUGGACAUGGCUAUGCUCGUAGAGACGCAGGGUGAGAUGAUUGACAACAUAGAGAACAACAUCAGGAACGCAGUGGAGUAUGUAGGCAAAGCUAAUGAGGAGGUGAAGAAAGCCGUGAGGUAUCAGAAGAGCGCCCGUCGGAAAAUUGUGCAUGUUGCCAUUUGUGGAUCGGUGUGCCUUAUUCUUCUGCUCAUCAUUAUCGUCGGAGUGUUUGCUAGUUAGCUGCCAAGACUGCAACCAAAGAAGUCCAGAAUGUUCAGCGCUCAACUAAAAGCUUUUGUAUUUAGCCGUUUUACUAUUACUGCAGUUUUUUCUAAACAUCUGACUUGUAUAUUUAUAGAGUUAGAGUUUUUCAAAUGUUGAAGAAAGGGUCCUGAUUUCUGCAGGAGAUGAGAUUUAGUACUUUGUUACUGUGCUGUUUUGCAAUAGACAUUCAUGGCCAGUUUUUUUUUUUUUUUCUUUUUCCUUCCUCUUUCUAUAUAGAUAUGAAAAUAUAAAGAUUUUCAUGAACUCUUGAUUCCCAAAAGGGCUACGUUUCGGUGUUCUCACCACGCACCAAUCAGAAUUCGGUCUGUUCAUGUCAUGUGAUGUUUGAUAUGGGUCGAAAACAACAUUUUGGUUGGAAAUAAAAUGGAGACAAUGUAGACAAAGGUAGCUGAUCAGACAAGACUUGUUUGGUGGCUGAAGUUUUCUCCAAGCUGAUGAAGCUGUUCCAUAUGAGCAUCAGACUAAGCCCAAUGUUUGAACGUGUAAUUAUAGGCCUAUAUUUCCAGGUGUGUUAGUAAGGCCACUACAAGCCACGAAAAGCGCUUCACUGCUCCUUCAUAUCGAUUCUUCAAGUCUCUGGAACUAUACAGGAGCAAUGAACAGAAGAUCUUCCUUCAGUUUGUGUUUCAAGGCGCUGGUGCUUUCUAAAAUCCCCCAUGGGUGCUCAAUUGGGUUGAGAUCUGCUGAGUGUGAAGGCCAUAGCAUAUGAUUUACAUUUUCAUCAAUCCAUUUAAGCUCUCCUGCACUCUGGAUAUGGGUGGAGUCAUCCUGGAAAAGGCCACACCCAUCAGAAAAGAAAUGCCAUUAUCGGAUAAAUAUGAUCGGUCAGAAGAACUGCAGAGUGGGCUUGCUUCUCUCUCCAAGUGGGGAAUGAAAAUAAAUAAAUGCCCCCAGCGCAUAAAAAGAGUCAACAGUUGUUUGGUUUUUUUUUCCCUUUAAUUUGUCACACGUCAUUACGAUUGAAUUCCUUUUCAAAAUCUUGCACAGCUGGUGACAGACGUUUGUCCGUAACUUUUCUGUUUCUUUGCAAGCUUUAUGUAAUUCGUCUUGGGUUUUCUUAAUUUAGGCUUGCUCUGUGCUAAACUGGUAGCUGUAACCUUGCCUUGUUUGCUAACUAUAUUACAUUUAGCUCAAAAAAAAAAAAGGGGAGGAAAUUUCAGACACCAAAACUUGUCUUGGAUGAUGUGAUUUGUGGUGAUGUGUUUAGAAGAACUGUCUGUUUUAAUAUUUUGUCUUUUGAUACCACUUUAUCAUCCUAAAAGAAAACUAAGAUGCUUAUAGUAGAUCCAAUAAUAAUAAUAAUUCUCUUUAUAUAAACGUAUUGCUUGAAAUUGCCAUUUUCUUCAUGAAGUGAAACUCUGAAGCCUUCACGACUGUGAUUUUGUCGUAAAGUCUCGAUCUUGGCUCCGGUUUACAUUUGCAUCCCGCUCGUGAAGCUGAACCAUCAUUUCCUGCUUUGUGCAUCAUUAUCUCUCCACUCCUCCAUCCGUUCAUCAUGAGCUGGAUUCUCAGUAAGAUUUCACAUGUUUACAUUUUAUUCACUCCUCAACGUGGAAUUGUUUAUAACUCCUUGAGCAAUUGGUUGUUGGUGGAUUUCCCUUUGCCCUCACGUGUGAUGUGAUUAGUACAUUUGUUUUUUGUUUUUUUUAAAUCACUGGUUGUCUUGAAAUUUGUGCACACACCUUUCUGCCUGAGAGUUGCACAGGUGAGUAGUGUUCUUGCUCCGCAGCACUAUGAUGUGCAACACCGUUUGCCGGCUUGUGAGGUCUGAACGAUUUGCAGGUUGCAGACGCUGAUGCAAUCCCAAGAAGUGCACUUACUGUAGCACAGAAUACACGCAUCAAGUGCACUUAAUAUUCAGCCAAAUGUUAAAAAGCCAGUCAUGUUAAUGGCUUGAUGAUGAGAUAAGUGAUCUAAUGGUACACAGAUUCACAGCUCACUUUAAACGCUGCCAUGCUGUAUCAAGUAUACGAGCGUUUCAUUUCAGAUCUGGUGUACGCCUCGGAUCAGGAUGGAAGAUGGACAAAGAAAAAAGAUGGCAAUGUUUUUUUUUUUAAUACAAAUGUUAAUGACUAAUGGGUGUUUCAGGGAUGGAAGGCUGAUCAGACCUUUGAACAUGUUUUGUGAGAAUUUGUUUGAUGUACUGAAUAGCUUGUGUAUGUAAAAAUAAAUUUCUGUAAUUAAAAUGGAAUUGUGCAA